AUGCGACCAUCACGACGGCCAAGACCGACGAUAGGAGAGCGAGUUGCAAGACAGCUUGGCUGGCUACCGAACCUGUGGAGGUUGUGGGUUCUCCCGUACGGGGCAUGGCUGAUGAAUGGGCUGGUCCAAGUAUUCUCAAAGUUCCGAGGCAACACCGAGAAAGAGGAGGAGAAGGUAGUCGUCGAUGGAGGUGUCUGGAGCGUGAUGUUGAAAUGCCUGAUCCACGUAGCUCCGCUUUGCGCAACUAUCGUACUCGCCGCGAUCAAUCUCAAGGGGUUCUUCAUCGGCAACAACUACCUCGGUAGCACCGAGGAUACUAUACAAUCUCUCGAUCAACUGUUGUUGCAGAUCACAGCCAAGCUAUAUGAACUACUAAUCGUUGCGUCAUUGACGACAAUUGUCCUCGAUGUCCUCCGACGAGAACUGCUUACUGAGUCCGAAGGGCUGCCGUUCGGCUUCGUUCUCGCCCCAUUUCAGUUCCAAGACUUGACCUAUUGGCUCUCACCAGACUUUUGGUACAGCCAGUAUGCUCUCCGGAGCCGAGCCAAGCGGUACAAAAUCGUGCUUCUCCUCGCGACUUCCACUACCAUUGCCAUCUUCGCCGGUCCUUCAUCUGCCUUGCUGAUGCUGCCGCAGACGUUCACGCAUUGGCCGGGAGGCGGUGCUCAUUUCACCAUGGCCGGAGGGCAGAAUAGCCUUUGGCCAGACCGGCUCGAGGAAUUCCCUCGCUGGUGCGCUUUGACGACCGCCGAAGAGGCAGAGAAGAGCUGCUCGACCGGCAACUUCGAAAUAAUCGCGCAGACUCUGCGGGGCUGGCGGCAGCAACAGACUCUCUUCAACAUAGACAUCACGGACGGAUUGGUGCGGCGACACAUGAACGUCAUCUUUCCGGAUUUCGGCAAGGGCGACACAUGGGCAAUCGCUCCGCACCUGGCGACUUGCCUCUACUCGGAGAUCUUGACGAACAUGUGGCACCAGGCAAUCUUCGGCGCGAGCGAAGCAAGCAGUGAAAUGCAGCCGUUCUUCAAGUACCGUUACCGGAAGUACACCGGAACCACGGCAACUAUUCAGGCUCAGAUUCCUAUAGUCCGAGUGAACUGCCGUGAACCUGUGCCGCAGACAUUUCAGUAUUGGUACACAGUGCAGCCCGAGAUUGGCGAGACCAAAGCUUACUUGCAACCCGUCGCGCCAGCCAGGAUCUCUGAAUCGUAUGUCAACUCAUCGCGAAUAGCGACGGUGUGGGUUCCGCCGCCAGCCGACGAUCCAAGAUGGAAUUCGAGCGCAUAUCUCAACAUCCAAUUCCCCAGCAGUGGCGGCUCCACAGAAGACACAGUAAUGACGUGUUCAGUCGACGCACGCUGGGCUUCCGGUAAUAUCGUAGGCUCUCUGCUGGGCUUCUGGAACGGCAUUCAGUACUACAAUGCCAGCGUGUGGUAUGAACCGACCAAGAAGGAAUACCCUGGUCAUGGAUACGCAUUCCCCGCUUUUGACCAGGUGAGCUUCCGUAAGGUUCAUCUGGACUCGAGUUGGCUCCAGGGCGUGGUACCCCAGCUCGGCUCCCAAUUCGCGAGUUACACCACCCUCAGCUCAGCGCUUGAAGUCCUAGGCUUCGCUGCCGGCGCCGAGAGCUUCUCGGACCAGCAGGGCCCGUCUAACAGGAACGUCGUAGAGGCCGCCGUCGCAGCCCUGAUAGCCGACGGCAUGUCGCAGACGGGGUACGCUAAGAACGGGGGGGGAAACCUCGAGGAUAUGCGCGACGUCCUCAACGGCGAGGGCGUGCCCACCAGUCCGCACGACGACGACCUCCUCUUGUCUGGCAGGCUCGACCUCCCACUACUCAAGAAAAUCACCACCAAGCCGUCGGACCCGGCGACGACGCAGCUGCGGUGGGACAUCUUCAUCGGCGGGCUGGGCUACUCGGCCAAUAGCGUCGCCUACUACCUCGCACUGACGGUCGUGUUCGCACACGCGCUCCUGGCGCUGGUGCACACGGCGUGGUCGCUCGGGCGGCGCCAGACGUCGGGUGCUUGGGCCUCGCAGAGCGACAUGCUCGCCCUUGCCAUCAACAGCCGGCCCACGGCGGAGUUGGCGGGCACGGCGGGCGGGAUCAAGAUGCUGUCGAGGCUCGGGUUGCCGGUGCGGAUACGGGAUGUGCAUGCGCGGCCCCUUUCAGAGUAUGCAUCGUCGCAGAGCUCCGGUGCGCCGCUGGUAACGCGAUCUGAGCAUAGCUCUGGGACGGAUUAUAAUUCCCUGCAGCUUUUGGUGGGUAAGGAUGGUUGGCUGUAUAAGAGGAAUGGUCUGGUUGAGUUGAAUGGCAAGUAUUGA